AUGGCGAUUAACAAAAUUAAAAAGGAAAGAUCAACUGAAUCGAUUUGCCGCUUGUGCUUUGCGGAACGUGAACAUUUUCAGUUAAUUUUCAUUGACGAAUAUUCUUCACUGAAUGAAUGGAUUGAGAAUCUCACAUCUUUGAAGAUUAUGAAUGUUCCAAACGUGCCAGCAUCGCUAUGCAUAGAAUGUGAAAACACAUUACGAAACUUUGAAUCGUUUCGAGAAAUGUGUUUCACCAAUGAUCGUGUUAUUAAAGAGAUGUUUAGCCAGGAUAAUCCCAAGAAUGACCAUACUGAAGUUUCGAAUAAUAUGUCAACAGUAAGAGAAGUUAAAAUCGAUCACAGUGAGAUCCAGGAAACCGACAUUAUGGAUACCACAAUUUCCGACGUAGAUAAUACUGAAACUACAAUCGUGUACUCAGAUAUUAAAAUUGAGGAUGCCAGUUUACUCAAUUCAGAGGAUAAUACGGCCGAAAACGAGUCCUCUCCCGAUAUAAAAGAUGAUACCCAGGAUGAUCUCAAGUUUAACCAUAACGAAGUUUCGAGUAAUGUUUCAGAAGUAAGCGAAGUUCAAAUCGAUCACAGAGAGAUCCAGGAAACAGACAUUUUGAAUACCACAAUUUCCGAGGUAGUUAAUACUAAAAUUAGAAUUGAGUACCCAGCUAUUAAAAUAGAAGAUGCCAGUUUACUCAAUUCAGAGGAUAAUAAUGAUGAUAAUAAUGCAGAAAACGAGUCAUCUUCCGAUACAGAAGAGGAUCUUGAACUCGAAAAGAGCCAGUCUCUUGUGCAAACAGUAACAAAAAAUAAGAAAGCACAUAUUUGUAGUUUGUGUGAUAAGGGAUUCAAAAAUGCAACCCGUUUGAAAAUUCACAUCAGAAGUCACACACAGGAGAGGCCAUUCAAGUGUAAAGACUGCGGCAAAUCAUUCACCACACACAGCAAUUUGAAGCGGCAUAUUCAAGGUCACAACGGUUUAAAACCAUACUCGUGCGAUAUGUGUCCAGCGUCAUAUUAUCAAUCUUCUCAUUUGCUAAGCCACCGAAGUGUCCACGAGGAGUUGGGCCAUAUGAGCACCCAAAAUGAUACAGAAGGAAAUGAGACAAGUUGGGACACAGAGCAUGUUCAGGAAUACGAGAAGAGUGAGUCUCUUGCAGGAAAUUCAAACUGUACUAAAGAUAAACGCAAAUAUUGUUUAAUCUGCAAAAUAUUUGUGCAUCGAAUGACUCAGCAUCAGCUCAUACACAAGGAAACAAGGCCCUUCAAGUGCGAAUACUGUUCCAAUGGAUUUGCCCAGAUGUACAAACUAAGAAUGCACAUUCGAAAGCACACCCAAGAGAAACCAUAUAUUUGUGGUCAGUGUAAUAAAGGAUUCACGAACUCAGCUAAUUUGAGAAUUCACAUUAGAAGUCACACACAGGAAAGACCAUACCAGUGCAAAAACUGCGGCAAAGCAUUUAUCACAUCCGGCCAUUUGCUGCGACAUUCCCAAACUCACAGUGGAUUAAAACCAUUCGUAUGCGAUGUGUGUCAAGGGCGUUUUGCUCAAAAAUCCCAUUUAGCACGACACAAACGAGUUCACGCAAAGUUGAUUUCAUAAAGGAGACGUCAUUCUACUGUGAAAACUGUGACCAAAUGAGCAUCACAUCCAUGCGUAACCUCACAGCGAGAUGAGCGGAUCAUGGUAACAGACUUGUUGAAGGUGCACUAGAGUAAGUGAUAAGUAGCAUUG